AUGUUAUUCUUCCUCAUUCUACUUCUAGGGACUUUUGAGUUUGCCGAUGCAAUCAAAACCUCUGAACGUCUCACAUUUUCUGUGAAAACGUCCUGCACUGUUGGCAAGAAAUGGUGCGGAACACUCGAGGUCUACGAACGAAGCAUGUGAGACAUAUCGACUUUUCUUUUUGGAAUUUGUUCAUACUGUGUUAAGAUUGCCAAACGACUUCAUUACAAAGGGUUACUGGUGCACAAACUCUUCAAUAUCGAACCCAACACUUGGACCUGUGAUGCUUGGUGGAGAUCGCUUGUUGAAAGUACGCAGAUAAUCACAAUAAGAACCGCAAAAAAUUCAUUUCAGAACAAGUACAGCAUUUCAUUUUAUUUCUCGCACAACUGCACUGAAAACGGAGAAAUUUUUUGUGUCCAUCCGGUUGUGAAAAAUGUUUCCGUAAAUGGAGAGUGA